GACUGUUGGUCAACCGUCUAAAGAACCGAACGUAAAGUUGAAUUGAUUUUUAUUAAAAGGAUAAACAUAUGCACGAUCUUAAUUGUUGAAUUAUUAUGUUUAUUCUUGUGCUACAAUGGAGUACCACUCAGCGUCAAUCCUGAGUGGAUAGCGUUGUUUCCUUUUUGCUGUCCGUAGGUGAUCAGACAGAUGAACCUAGAGCCGAUCCCAGAGGGCAUUGAGGAGGAGAUAAUGAGUCAAGAAUCGACCCACGGUCAGUACGUUACGGAGCCGGAGCACGUGAGCGUGCACACGGUGAACACCGAGGGUUUGAGUUUCACGCCUCCGGGUGACGGAGGGCAACAGCUGAAUGAACCUGCGCCAGCGGGACAGCCACCAGCUGUACCACCGCCAGUCGUACCACCUCCAGUGAUGCUAUCGUUGGCGAUACCGCCGGUGGCCUACGAGCAGAUGUUGCCGGCCAUGAUGGCCCAUUAUAUGCAGCACAUGGCGCAGUUUAUGCCCAUAGUUCGAGGAGACAAGAUGGGGGAGCCCCAGAUUGCAUUGGAUUGGCUUGAGCAGAUGGACCGGGUACUCAAGAAUUUGAGAGUCCCAGAUGCUGAUCGCUCGGAGUUGGCGUCACAGAUGUUCCGGAAGGGAGCAUAUCAUUGGUGGAAGCGCAUUGACCAGGAUCCACACACACCCAAGCCGUGGACCUGGGAUCGCUUUGAUCGAGCCUUCACGAAGGAGUACGUCCCCACCCGGUACCGCGAGGAGAGGCGCGAUGAGUUCGUUGCUGUAACACCCCAACCCGCAUGACCCAAACCCGUGAAACAGCGGACCGGUGUGCCACUGAAUUGGUAUCCGAAUUUGCGACAUUUUCAAAACAAUUUUAAACAAACGUUGUUUCAAUACAUAUAAAAAUCCAUCGGAGUAAUUUAAAAUAAUGCGGAAGUCUUUUU